GUUGAUAAAUUUUUGCAGGUAUGUCUUUUGAUCCUCGGGCCCUUCGGAAUUUUGUAAGCUCAAGGGGGAGCGCUCAUCCACAAGGACAGCUCCCGAGGAAGAAAAGCAAGAAGAGGCCUCGAGGGACUCCUGAGGGUGCAAGGGGGCCUGGCGAAACUUCUCGAGCGGAUCCACCAGUCUCGACCCCUCAGCAACCGAACCUCAGGUCUCCCACUCCUCGGGUCGUCACUCCUCGGCCUCCUUCGGAAGUGGUUGACCUCGACGACGACCCAUCUCUCACCGGGGACUUUGAGACUUGCCACCUCGCUCCUGAGCUCGUGAAUAAAUACAAAGAGGAGGUCAAGCUCGAGGAUGGGAUGAGGGUCCUCGAGGGUCUCACAGUGAAGAUGUUGAGUAUAGCUCGAGGACUCUCUUUGCAAGGGCUCGAGGAGGCCAAGAGGGCAGCUGGGGUCGAGACGUCCAUGGCCUCUAAGGACAGCAGGAUCCAAGACCUCGAGGCUCAGGUCGAGGUCUUGUUGAAGGAGCGUGAUGACGCGAGGAAGGAGGCUGCAAAGGCCAGGGAUGACUUGGUUGCAGCAAAGGAUGAGAUCGAGGGCGCGAGGCUCGAGCUCAUCCAGAAGUCAGAGGAUUUCGGGCGCGAGCUCGAGGCUGUCAGGGAGAGGGCUUGGGAGGAGUUUAAAACCUCCGAGGACUGCGACAAGAUAAAAGGGGAGUAUGCGUCGGGGGCGUACUUCCAUGCUCUGAAAGAAGCCCGGGCCUUCCUCAGGCAGAAAUUGCCCGACGUCACUCCUGAUGACCUGAAGAUGGUGCCCUCCAUUGCUGAUACAUUGGAGCUCUCGGGUUCGGAAGAUGGAGGAGGAUCUGGUGGAGAUGAUGAGGAUGGUCUUGAGGACGACGUUGAGAUCGACAUCAGCAACCUCGAUCCUCCUCUCGGCCACAUUGGAUGACUUCCCCACCCCGAUCCUUUGUAAUUUUUUGUUUAAUUUUGACAAUGUAGAUUGGUCGAGGACUAUGUAUGUUCAGUUAAUUUAUUCGAACUAUUUAUCUCGACCUCUUGGACUCCAUACAAUCGAGCAAUCAAAUUCGAAACUUUACUGCUCGCGCGAUAUUGAAGUGUUUACUCGAGGAUUCCACAACUCGAGCGUGUUUGAGGGAUUAAAAGGUGAGACGUACAUUCUCGAGCAACAAUAAAAAUAUGAUGAUGUGACAUUCUAGAGGACUGUAAACCUCGAGAACAAUUAGUCUUAAAGAUUGAGGCGUUCUCGAGGACCGUAGUCCCGAGCACAACCAAACUUUAAAAAUUGAGUGACAUUCU